UCAAUCAUUCGUUCAACUGCUUACAUUUUGGGCUAUAUGUUGUAACCAUUGUUUAUUUUUAUAAAAGUAUUUUAGAUUUAGUUCAUAACAAGAAGCGUGACAAUUGAUAAUAUUUUUAACGAAACAAGGCUUUGACGAAGUAUUAACAGCAUAUUAGUGACUUAAUAUACACGCCUUGAUAUAUUAGGGAACAGAAAGUUUUGUGCAACAUGAUCUCGUCCAUGAGGGCCGCGGCAUUUACCAGUGACCCUGGUUUCCAUUAUUACUAUUUUGCAACACCAGAAAAAACAUUAAUCAAUUCGUUAACAAGUCAAUAACAAACGGAUUCUGAUGGGUGCAGUGUUCAGUAAACACUAUUUGUCCUAAGCCUCAAAAUGGAAGAAGAAUUACGGUGCUUCGUUUGUAAGGAAUUUUACCGAGAACCAGUGCUACUUCCCUGCGGGCACGCUCUUUGUCGUUUAUGUGGGGUGAAUCUACAGAGUCCGGUACAUGAAAAUGACGGAGCUUCAUCGACUGACUAUCAGGAGGCGGAUAAAGCGUCGGUGUCGAGUGAGACUGACAGCGGUGUGGUCUGCGGCUCCAGGCCUAAUAGCUUUGCGGGUACGCCCGCCGCCGCUGCAUACCAGAGCGCUGCAUUCACUUUAACUUGCCCUUCAUGUAACAAGCAAGUUUUUUUGGAUGACAAUGGAGCUGAAGGCCUUCCACCGUUUCGUGUUAUGCGAACUAUUGUGGAGCGUUUCGGUGGCGUGGCCGGAGCACCGCCGGCUGAAGAGGCAUGUCAGAUGUGCGAGGGGGAGCGCCGAGCGGCGGUAGUGAGGUGUGAGCAGUGUUCAGUCCGGUAUUGUGCUAGCUGCCGGGACGCAUGGCAUCCCACCCGUGGACCGCUUGCCCAGCAUGAACUGAGAACUCUGGGCACUACUUGCCCUGACCAUGGCUCUCCCCCAGUGCUUUAUUGCAACAGCUGUCUAGUCCCUGUGUGCCAGAGGUGUGUGACUGAAAGGCACUCUUCCCAUGUCACACAGCCCCUAUCAAGUGCUGCUAGAGCACACAAGACUGAACUCUCCCAAGCAUUACAACAGCUUUCAGAAAAGGCCAAGGCUAUGACUGAAUACAUCCAAGUAGUAAAAGGCUCAAGUGAACAAGUUGGUGAAUCAUGCUCUGAACUAGAGCGGCAGAUAGAACAAGCAUGCGCAGAAGUGACCCGCACUCUGGGGCAGCGGCGUGAAGAGUUGGUGCGAGCGGCACGGGCGACCCGCGCACAGGCCGCGGCCGACGCGCGGGCCAGGUCCGCGCAGGCCUCCCACAAGCUCAGGGAGGCCACGGCUCUGCUGCACUUCUCCAUUGAGGCUCUUAAGGAGGCUGACCAUGCUGCCUUCCUUCAGGUGGGCAACAUUCUGUCAGCGCGCGCACAAGAGACGAGCAACACACUAUGCGCGGCGCUGGAGCCGCCGCCGCAGCCGCCCGCGCUCACGCUCGACAUCGAGCCCGUGCUGCGCACCGUGCGCGCCAUGAACUUCGUCGAGUGCAUCCCCCCGGGCGCGCCGACGAUGGCGGUGGAGGCGUGCGCGGCGCGCGGCUGCUCGUGCACGCUGGCGUGGCGCGCGCCGCCCGCGCCCGCCGCCGUGCGCGGCUACGUGCUGGAGCUCGACGACGGCCGCGGCGGGCCCUUCCGGGAGGUGUACUGUGGGCGCGAAACUAUAUGCACGGUGGAUGGACUACAUUACGCGUCCCUCUACAGCGCGCGGGUUAAGGCCUUCAACGGCGCCGGUGAAGGCCCUUACAGCGAGGUCAUCGGCCUUCAGACCUCAUCAGUGGCGUGGUUCACGUGGGACCUACGGUGCGCGGCAGGCGAGGGUCUGACGCUGUCCGCGGACGGUCUAUCAGCGCGCGCGGCGGGCUGGCAGCCGCGCGUGGCGCUCGCCGACCAGCCUCUAGCGCGCGGCGUGCACUACUGGCGUCUACUGCUUGACGAGUAUGACGGCGACGCCGAUCCUGCGUUCGGCGUGGCGCGCGCCGACGUCGCCAAGGACAAGAUGCUCGGUAGCGACGCACUGGGCUGGGCGAUGUACAUCGACGCGCGGCGCUCGUGGUUCGUGCACGGCGGCGCGCACGGCGGGCGCGCGGCGGGCGGCGUGGCGCGCGGCGCGGCCGUGGGCGUGCUGCUCGACCUCGUCCAGGGCACGCUGCGCUUCACCGUCGACGACACGCCGCAGGUACCCACGCCACGUGUGUCUCCUACAUCGUGGUUCGUGCACGGCGGACGUUGUCGCGCGCGGCGCGGCCGUGGGCGUGCUGCUCGACCUCGUCCAGGGCACGCUGCGCUUCACCGUCGACGACACGCCGCAGGUACCCACGCCACGUGUGUCUCCUACAUCGUGGUUCGUGCACGGCGGACGUUGUCGCGCGCGGCGCGGCCGUGGGCGUGCUGCUCGACCUCGUCCAGGGCACGCUGCGCUUCACCGUCGACGACACGCCGCAGGUACCCACGCCACGUGUGUCUCCUACAUCGUGGUUCGUGCACGGCGGACGUUGUCGCGCGCGGCGCGGCCGUGGGCGUGCUGCUCGACCUCGUCCAGGGCACGCUGCGCUUCACCGUCGACGACACGCCGCAGGUACCCACGCCACGUGUGUCUCCUACAUCGUGGUUCGUGCACGGCGGACGUUGUCGCGCGCGGCGCGGCCGUGGGCGUGCUGCUCGACCUCGUCCAGGGCACGCUGCGCUUCACCGUCGACGACACGCCGCAGGUACCCACGCCACGUGUGUCUCCUACAUCGUGGUUCGUGCACGGCGGACGUUGUCGCGCGCGGCGCGGCCGUGGGCGUGCUGCUCGACCUCGUCCAGGGCACGCUGCGCUUCACCGUCGACGACACGCCGCAGGUACCCACGCCACGUGUGUCUCCUACAUCGUGGUUCGUGCACGGCGGACGUUGUCGCGCGCGGCGCGGCCGUGGGCGUGCUGCUCGACCUCGUCCAGGGCACGCUGCGCUUCACCGUCGACGACACGCCGCAGGUACCCACGCCACGUGUGUCUCCUACAUCGUGGUUCGUGCACGGCGGACGUUGUCGCGCGCGGCGCGGCCGUGGGCGUGCUGCUCGACCUCGUCCAGGGCACGCUGCGCUUCACCGUCGACGACACGCCGCAGGUACCCACGCCACGUGUGUCUCCUACAUCGUGGUUCGUGCACGGCGGACGUUGUCGCGCGCGGCGCGGCCGUGGGCGUGCUGCUCGACCUCGUCCAGGGCACGCUGCGCUUCACCGUCGACGACACGCCGCAGGGCGAGAUCGCGUUCACAGGCCUCCGCGGCGCGUUCUACCCCGCCGUGUCGCUCAACCGCGGCGUGGCCGUCACGCUGCAGCCCGGCCUGCCGCCGCCCGCGCUGCUGCUCGACCAGCUCGCCGCCGAGUGAGCGCCCUCCGCUAUCUACCGCCGCCGUCGGUGCAGCUCGUCUAGCGCCUUCCACGACACGACACGGUCGCCAUCAACUGCUGCCAUCUACAAAUACAUCGCUCAAAACACCAAACAAAACGGUGUGAUGUAAAGCGGUAUUUUUGGUAUGUUGUUUCGAGUUAUAUUGCGAUUUUUCGCAAAUUACGAAUUGCGUCCCCUGCAACGAGUUCGAAAAGCGCGUGUAUGAUGCGAGCCCAUGGCGUGGCAUCAUACAUUUUUUAUAGAGUCAUCUUUCCCAUAGACUUUUUAUACAGUCGAGUACACAAACAUAUUACGAGCCAACAUGGUGACCUCGUGUACUGCAAGGUACAUACCUACACUACAAGCGCAAAAUGUGUUCUUUUGGUUAAUAAUUCAUAUUGAACAAUUAACUUAGGUACUUAGAUAUCGAAUUUAUAUUAUUUUUUAUUAUUUAAACAUGUAUACCCGCCCAAUAGAUAAAAUACUAACUUAAUUAGUAAGUAAAUUUUCGUAAUAUAUAUUGUUACCUACACAGGUAUAGCGAGUAAGUGUUGAGUACACGAAAAUAUCACGUUUACCGUGUGCAUAUAGUUAUAUGUAAACAUAUAAUUAUUCAGUUAUGGUCGGUCAAUUUGACUGUAAUUUACAUAUAGGUAAGUUAAUUCUACACAUAUUAAGUAAUAUUAACUCCUCGUGUUAUUAUUGAAAUCCGAGUACCUAGGCGAAAAGUAAGUAAACCAUAUUUGAAAUGUUCGAAAAAGGGGUUGUUGAGCGUUGCAAAGUACAAGGAAUAACAAUUUGCUACCAAAACAAAUAAAACAUGCAAAUUUUCACAAAAUACCUCAGGUAUAACCAUAUUACGUUAUAGCGUUUACCUACUAUAGGUCUAUGCGUAAUAGUCUAUCUAAGUAGGUAAACGCCAUAACGUAAUAUGCUCCGUAAUCAUUCAAAAUCAUCACUUGAUAGUGACAUGACAUGAGGGAACUCAAAAUGUACAUUAAACUACUUCGUCUCUCGAUAAAUUGUAGCGAGCCGACGCAGUAAGAUACAAUUCAUGUAACUGGCAUUGUGUUUAUUUUUUAACUUUUUUAAUAACCUGUGUUGCAGAUACUUAGUGAUAUUUUUUAUUUUUUUUACGUUGAUAUUUUUAUACUAAGUAGAGCCUACAUGCACGGCAAUUUAAUGAGCAGCUUAUUAAAAGGUUGUAAGGUAAUUGCAUUCCGUUUGAACGUAGCCUCCGAUGUUCCAUGUUUUAUUUUAUUACUUAAGAUAUUGUGACGUACUUAAGAAAAAGGUACUAAGGUGGGGGAAGAUUGUAGGGUUUUUAAUAAAAUCUUCUGUUCAAAGCACUACAAGAGGCUGUCUGUCUUACCCUUCAAUCUUCCCCCACCUUACCUUACAUUGAUAAGGAAGUUGAAAUUUGCUUGUAUCUUUGAACGAAGAAACUAUUAGAGCGUUUUCAUGGCAAGCAACAAUAUGAUACCUUUUCCUUGAAAACUUGACAAUUUAUUUUAUUUCAUUUAAAUAUAUAAUGAUCUCUAGAUAGCUAAACUUUGUAGUCAGCAGUAAUAAAUAACUACUUAACAAUGCGUUAGUAAACAAUUCGGUCGAUUCGAUUUAUUCAAAUGCAUUUCUUUUUGUGUCAC